UGUUUUCCAUAAUUCCAAAUAUCUUCAGUGUCUCUCCAGUGUUGACGAAAAUGGAAUUGGAGUUUUCAGCAAUAUGGAUGAUUUUCUUAUGCAUGUGUUAUAGCCUUAUGAUAAGCUAUAACCGGGGCAUCGUCGAAGCAGCUGAGACAUUAAAAAGUGUUGACGAUUUGGACAUAGAGCAAGAACUUAAGAUUAUUAACAGACCUGCGGUUAAAAUCAUCAAGUCUAUAUAUGGUGAACGGUAUGGGUGCGUGGAUUUCUACAAACAACCAGGAUUUGAUCACCCAUCCAUGAGGAAUCACACAUUCUUCCAUGAUAAGAUGCGUAUGUCAUACCCCGAAGGAUCAACAAAGCAUAGGAGGGAGAAACUUAGUAAAAAUCAUUUUGGUCACUUAUGGGAGAAUGGUGUUGGCUGCCCUGUUGGUACGGUUCCUAUACUUAGAGUCACUAAAACCGAUUUCUUGAGAUUGAAAUCGCUCGGUGGUGACAAUUCUAAUCCCCGAGGUUCAUGGAACAAUACUUAUGAACCUAUGCUUUCCGGUAAUGACCAUCAUGUAAGUGUACUUCCUCAAAGUUUUUUAUUUUACAAUUAGAAUUGUCAAAUAUAUAGUAAAAU